AUGGCCGGCGUUGCGAGAUACCGUCUCCCCUCGGUAUUAAGAGCUAUAUACACUCCCAGCCCGGCUGCACGAAGUUUCACAGUCUCCACAGCGCGAUCCUCUAAACACAGCCGCUUCGCUCCCACGCCGUCACCUCCUCGCCUGGCCCCCGAAGAACAAGAGAUAUUCGAAAAUUUGCAGCAGCAGUCGACCGGAGCGUUCAGUACACCGCGACCAACGCCUCGGAUAAACCAGUCUCCCCAAUCUCAGCCAGAAGAGGUGCUCCAGAGCUCAGCAGAUGAAGAGCUACAUCCAGAUCUCCGCCGGGGUGCCAGGCCGGAGUUUGAGGGAGACAAGAACCCAAAGACCGGCGAGAUUGGAGGACCGAAGAAUGAGCCGUUGAGAUGGGGCGGGAGCGGAGACUGGAGUUAUAACGGCAGGGUUACAGAUUUUUGA